GUUGACGAUAAGCGUUCUCAAAAUCGAUUUUGCUCAAUCUUUUAACUGCAAAGCUUCAAAAUUUCUUAUUUAAAAACUAUUUAAAAUAUUUACGAUGCCCCAAACUGAUAAAAACCAAAACACUAUCGGUAUUUAAUACUGAAAUAGUGAACAAGUACUUGCCAUUUGAAUUAUUUUCAAGCUUACCACACACUUGAUUAUACAAUGGACAUUAUUGUACGUCACAUAAAAAAGAUAAAAAUAAUUUUUAAAAAUUAAAAGCUGAAAUUACAAUUGAAAAUAUAGUUUUAGUACAACAGAACGAUUUGCGACAUUUAGAACAUGCUGAAAUUUAGAGCUGUCAAUGUGUUGCGAGAAUAGAACGAAAAAACAACAAACAUUGCCGUGCCACACAAUCCGCAACCAAUCGAACAAAAACAGUUCAAUUUCGUAACGAUAUUUCCAUUGUUAAGUUUAAUAUUUUCCACUUAAAAUCGAAUAUUCGGAUGAUGAGCGUACGUUAGCACGUUGUACGAUCAGUUUAUUCCGUAUGUACGAUCCCGAAAAUCAUGUACACACGUACAAACGAUGGCCAUGCGUCUGCUUCAACAAACGUUGCCAAACGUAAAUCUCAACCAGCGUUAAAUCCCGGCAAAACCCUGUUAAGAAUUUAAGCCCAAUUUGGCGUUGGUUUUCAAAAUGUGUUGAUUAGGUUUUGCUUGUGUACGCGAAAAGUGCGUUAUACUGUUGUUCCUGCAGAAAAUAAUCCCUUUGUUAGUCGUCGAAACAAAAGCCGUCCGAAAUGUCAAUCCGUGAUUGGAAGAUUGUCCGGGUCCUGGCCGGUAUAGCGAUGCGGAUAUGGGCCGCUAGCGGUGCCGCUUUGCUAUCCGCCUUCCUGAUAUACAUGGUGUACGGUGGCUUUUUUGCUUUUCUUCUGCUUUUGUUUGCCGUGUCGGGCAUCCUGUACCACGCACAGGACAACCUGCUGUACCAUCCAGAGUUGCCAGCCAAUUCGCGCAUAUUUAUCCCCGUUCCGUCGAUGCACGGAUUGCCUUACGAAACGUUACACCUGAAGACGCGAGAUGCCGUUUCGCUACACGCCUUUUGGAUUCGGCAUCCCGGCGAUAAGGGUCGCUACGUACCGACAAUAGUGUACUUUCAUGGAAAUGCCGGUAAUAUGGGUCAUCGGUUACAAAACGCGAGCGGGUUUUACCAUACGCUCCAGUGCAACGUGCUGAUGGUAGAGUAUCGCGGGUACGGUCUGUCGACCGGGACAGCGAGCGAGAAGGGAUUCUUUGCCGAUGCUCGUUCCAUACUGGAUCAUCUGUUCAGCCGACAUGAUUUAGACCACGGGCAGAUAAUAAUAUUUGGCCGUUCGCUCGGUGGUGCCGUGUCGAUCGAUCUAGCAGCUGAUGCCGUGUACGGUUCGAAGAUAAUGGGUGUCAUUGUGGAGAACACGUUCACCAGCAUUCCGGACAUGGCGGUGGAAUUGAUUCACCCGGCAGUGAAGUAUUUACCUCUGCUGCUCUACCGGAACCAGUACCUGUCCGUGGACAAGAUCCAGUUCAUUUCCGCCCCAAUACUGUUCGUUUCCGGCCUGGCCGACACUCUAGUGCCUCCGAGGAUGAUGACGAUGUUGCACACGCGAUGUGGCAGUACCCGCAAGCAGAUGCUGCAAAUUGUUGGUGGAUCCCAUAACGACACGUGGGCUGUGAAUGGGUACUACCAGGGUGUAGCCCAAUUUCUAAAGGAGUGUAGAGAAACCAAAGGACCACUACAGACGCCCCCGGUAAGCCACAACGUGUGGCCAAACAUUGAGGAAGUGUGAGGCCACUCUGCCUUACGAUUUACUACGAUCGGUACCAGCAUAGGCCUACCGUUGAUGCUUGCCAAAAUUCGGUGAUAGGUACCCGCGGGGGGGAUGGUGAUGGAUAGACUAGCAAUUGACCCGUAAUGAUGAUGAUGACUUAACGCGAUUGUCGGACGGAACAUUACGGUUCUAACGGGCCUAACUUGCCUACAAAAUGAACACUAAAAACCACACACAAAAGUUACGAUUACGCUGGUCGCGUUAACACUGGAACGCCACCAAACAAUUAGAAUCUAGCGAACAAGCGCCCCAGCGACACAAAAACUUCUUGCGGCAUACGUAAUGAGGAGGCGCAAAAAUAGCUUGGUUCCUGCAUAAACAAUAACAGUCAACGCACCAGCAUCACGCGCCACAGCUCGAGACAGUAACAAUAAGCGGUUAAAUUUUUGAGCAUUAGCAUAAUAACAAUAUUAAAAUAAUAAAUUAGCGUUAAAGUA